AUGAGCGAAAGCCAGAAGCUCCUGCAUGAGCAUCCUUCCGACAGCGACUCAGAACCCGAACACGAGCGCAAAGCAAGUCCGCGACACCUGUCUCCAUCGCCCUCGUCAUCGCGAACCACCUCCGUGUCUCCAGCACCACCCGGGUCACGCCCGAAUGGCAACAUUAAGCGGCAGUCGUCGUUCGCACAAGCUCGGCCUGAUGGCGCACCGAGAACGCCCAAUCGGGUGCGCUUCGAGGAACCCAGGAGGAGCAUGAAUGGAGACAACAAUGGCGGCGACUGGCUCGAGCUGGAUGGGGACGACUACUUGGAUGGCGGCGAUGGGCGAGAAAGAACGCAGCGACUUCCUCUACUUACUGGAAUCGAGGCGCCGAGUGUCACAGUCGCCGAAGAAUCCUUCAACCCGGAAGACCAUCUCGAGAAUGCGCGACCACGGAGCGGAAUGCGGAGCGCGUUCAUGAACAUGGCAAACAGUAUAAUAGGAGCUGGUAUCAUCGGGCAACCAUACGCUGUUCGCAACGCAGGCCUCGUGACAGGCACCGCCCUCCUCAUCGGCCUCACCAUCGUGGUAGACUGGACCAUACGACUCAUCGUCAUAAAUUCCAAGCUCAGCGGCACCGACUCGUUUCAAGCCACGGUGCAACACUGUUUCGGCAAAUCAGGGUUGAUAGCGAUAUCCCUCGCGCAAUGGCUCUUCGCUUUUGGUGGCAUGGUCGCGUUCUGCGUCGUAGUCGGAGAUACAAUACCAAGGGUCUUGGAUUCGAUGUUUCCCGCUUUGGCAGAUAUGCCGUUUCUCUGGCUAUUAACUAACCGACGGGCCAUCAUGAUCCUGCUCAUUCUUGGCAUAUCCUUUCCCCUCUCGCUAUACCGGGAUAUAUCGAAGCUUGCCAAAGCCAGCGGCCUGGCACUGGUCAGUAUGACCAUCAUCAUAGUGACCGUAGUCACGCAAGCUUUCCGCGUACCCGCCGAACUGAAGGGCCAACUCCGCGGCAACCUCAUCAUCCGCCCUGGCAUCUUCGAAGCAAUUGGCGUAAUUGCUUUCGCCUUCGUCUGCCACCACAACAGCCUCCUCAUCUACGGCUCCCUCCGCAAACCUACGAUCGAUCGAUUUACACGUGUUACACACUACAGCACCAGUAUAUCUUUAGUCGCAUGUCUUGUCAUGGCUCUAACAGGCUACUUGACCUUCGGAGACAAAACCCUCGGCAACGUGCUGAAUAACUUCCCGAAUGAUAACCUCAUGGUCAAUAUUGCGCGACUGUGUUUCGGCCUCAACAUGCUUACUACGCUUCCGCUCGAAGCCUUUGUAUGUCGAGAAGUCAUGACCAACUAUUGGUUCCCCGACGAGCCGUACCACCCGAACCGCCAUCUUAUCUUCACGACCUCGCUCGUCGUCUCCGCCCUCACUCUCUCCCUCCUCACCUGCGAUCUCGGUAUAGUGUUCGAGUUGUUCGGCGCAACAUCUGCAUGCGCAUUAGCCUUCAUCCUGCCGCCUCUUUGCUACAUGAAGCUGAGCCAAAGAAGCUGGAAGACGUACUUGGCUGGGGCUGUUGCGGCAUUUGGAGGUAUCGUUAUGGUCAUCAGCAUCAUCAAGACGACGAGCAAAACGAUGAUGGGUAACAGUGAAGGGGCUAAAUGUAGUUGA